AUGCCAAAAUCAACAAUCCAUGACGACCAACUGAAGAUGACACCCAAAUUCGACGUCGACUAUGUUUUAGCCCAUAUCAACGAGGACGACAAGAUCGCUCUUCUCUCCGGAAGUGACUUUUGGCAUACUCAUUCUAUCCCCCAGUUCAAUGUGCCUUCAAUUCGUACCACUGACGGCCCGAAUGGUAUCCGCGGCACUAAGUUCUUUGCCGGUGUACCUGCUGCAUGUCUCCCCUGUGGCACGGCGCUAGGCGCCACCUGGGAUCGUGACCUGCUGCAUCAAGCUGGUGUCCUGCUUGGCAAAGAAUGUCUCGCCAAGGGAGCGCAUUGCUGGCUGGGACCUACGAUCAACAUGCAGCGGUCGCCCCUGGGAGGACGCGGGUUUGAAUCUUUCGCGGAAGAUCCCCAUCUCUCGGGGAUCAUGGCCAAGUCAAUCAUCCUGGGCUGCGAGAGUACAGGGGUCAUUUCCACGGUCAAGCACUACGUAGGGAAUGACCAGGAACAUGAGCGACGCGCUGUCGAUGUCCUGGUCACUCCGCGAGCACUUCGGGAGAUCUAUCUGCGCCCCUUCCAGAUAGUUGCUCGAGACGCCCGUCCAGGAGCCUUGAUGACUUCGUACAACAAAAUCAAUGGCAAGCAUGUCGUUGAAAGUCCCGCCAUGCUGGAUAUUGUCCGCAAAGACUGGAAUUGGGAUCCCUUGAUCAUGAGCGAUUGGUUAGGGACAUAUACCACCAUCGACUCGAUGAAUGCCGGUCUCGAUCUCGAGAUGCCAGGCCCGACGCGAUAUCGUGGAAGGUACAUCGAAUCAGCCAUGCAGGCACGAUUAAUCAAACAGUCGACGAUCAACAAGCGUGCUCGCAGGGUACUUGAGUUUGUCGAACGUGCCAGCCGCGCUCCUGUGGCGGCAGAGGAGACUGGCCGUGACCUCCCAGAAGACAGGGCGUUGAACCGGACGCUGUGUGCGAAUAGUAUCGUUCUACUUAAAAAUCAGGGCAAGCUGCUGCCAAUUCCCAAAACAAUCGCGAAGAUCGCGCUAAUCGGAUCUCAUAUGAAGACUCCCGCUAUUUCAGGCGGCGGUAGUGCUUCUCUUGAACCAUACUAUGCCGUCUCUUUAUACGAUGCAGUCGUCGAAGCCCUUCCAGACGCCGAAAUUCUCUACGAAGCCGGCGCAUAUGCUCACAAGAUGUUUCCUGUCAUUGAUCGAAUGCUCAGCAAUGCCGUCAUCCACUUUUACAAUGAGCCUCCCGAAAAGGAACGCAAACUACUGGCGACAGAACCGGUAGGUAGCACGGCGUUUCAGCUGAUGGACUACAACGCUCCCGGUCUCAACAGAGGUCUGUUCUGGGCUACCCUAAUCGGAGAGUUCACACCAGAUGUCUCUGGGCUGUGGGACUUUGGACUCACUGUGUUCGGUACGGCCACGCUUUUCAUUGACGAUGAGACGGUCAUUGACAACACCACCCGCCAAACCCGCGGAACGGCCUUUUUUGGCAAGGGAACGGUGCAGGAGGUCGGGUCGAAGCAGCUCACUGCCGGACAGACGUAUAAGAUUCGAAUUGAGUUCGGCUCUGCCAACACCAGUCCUAUGAAAGCCAUCGGCGUUGUCCACUUUGGUGGUGGCGCCGCCCAUCUCGGCGCGUGUCUGCACAUGGACCCAGAGCAGAUGAUUGCCAAUGCGGUUAAAGUCGCGGCCGAGGCGGAUUAUACAAUUGUGUGUACGGGACUCAACCGAGACUGGGAGUCAGAAGGAUUCGACCGUCCGGAUAUGGACCUUCCUGGGGGGAUUGACGCGCUGAUUUCGUCUGUGCUUGACGUGGCGGCUGACAGGACUGUCAUCGUAAACCAAUCCGGAACUCCUGUUACCAUGCCGUGGGCAGAUCGAGCAAGAGGGAUUGUUCAGGCAUGGUAUGGAGGCAAUGAAACCGGCCAUGGCAUUGCAGAUGUCCUAUUUGGAGAUGUCAACCCGUGUGGGAAAUUGCCACUGUCCUGGCCGGUGGAUGUGAGGCACAACCCAGCGUAUCUAAACCACGUGAGCGUGGGAGGUAGAGUGCUCUAUGGCGAGGAUGUGUAUAUGGGAUAUCGAUUCUACGACAAAGUCGGCCGCGAGGUCUUGUUUCCGUUUGGUGUCUCUCCUGAGGCGACCGUAUCUCCGAGUGUCUUCUCAUCGGACAGUCCACCCACUACCAGAGUUCUAGUCAAGAACACGGGCCCAGUGGCGGGAGCGCAGAUCUUACAACUUUACAUUGCUGCUCCUUAUUCAGUUACACCACGCCCUGUUAAAGAACUGCACGGCUUUACCAAGGUGUUCCUACAGCCAGGAGAGGAGAAAACAGUGGAUAUCCACAUCGACAAAUACGCGACUAGCUUCUGGGACGAGAUCGAGGAUAUGUGGAAGAGCGAAGAUGGCGUCUAUGAGGUGCUGAUUGGGACUUCGAGUCAAGACAUUGUGUCUCGAGGAGAGUUUAGAGUGGAGCAGACGAGAUACUGGAGUGGUGUAUAG